UUUACCGCACAGGCCGACGUACAGCGGUUCGAGAUCCGAGAUCCAAAAAUCCAAAAAUCCGAAAACCCGAGAGCUCCACCGUCUUCUCACACACGCACACACACAUUAGCGCAGCUCAAUCAACCAGCAAAUAUGAAAUUCUUAGUCACCAUCGCCGCCCUCUGCCUCUUUGUGGCCUUCGCCGCGGGUCAGCAAUACUUUUUGGGUCAGUUCCCCAGCCGGGCUCGCUUCGGAUUCGAUCCCGUGGCGCUGGCGGGACCCUCAUCGGCCACUCAGGUUCGAGAUCCCCGACAGAACAGAGGACCCGUGGUGUUCCCCCCAUCCCCGCCAGAUGCAGUGGACGAGUCCAGCGGCGUGGUCGUCGGUGCCUCCGGAUACGGUUUUGUGCCGCCCCAGCAAACAGCGGCGGCUGUGGCCGUGGCGGCGACGGGGGAUCCGUCAACGUACUUUAGCACCACAUUCCAGACCCCCGACACCGCCUAUGCGACAUAUAACUUCUUCGGAAGUCCCUACACCACGCGGUUUAGAUACUUCUGAGCAGGAUGGAGUGCACAGGCCAAAGUCGAACCCCGAGUCAUGUUGAGUGGUCAGUGGAGCAGGAGAUGGAGGACUGACUGCAGCCGGAGAAGUAGGAGCAAGAGCUGGAGACUAGAAACAAUUUUCUUGUAAAUAAAUGUGUUAACUCUUAUUAACAAAUCAA